UUAGGCCCCAUUGAAAUUCAAACCGGCCGAAAAAUCCCCCAAGUCAUUCGGCAAAAAUGGAAGCACCAUCAUGAGUGUGAUAACAAUCUUUCAGUGUUGAUAAACCCGAAAAUGCUUCCUUUCUAACGUCGCACCGUCACCAUGUCCACUUUGGCCAUGCAACAAUUCGUUGCGGGGUUGAAAUCCCGCAACCCCGACGUUCGUCAAAAAACCGCACGAGAAUUAAGCUUGUACGUAAAAAGCGAGCUUCGCGAAGCCACCCCCGACGAAAUAACAAACUUCCUUGACGAAUUCAACCACCACAUCUUCGAAAUGGUCUCGAGCAACGACCCCAACGAGAAAAAAGGCGGAAUUUUGGCGAUUGUAUGUUUGAUUGGAGUCGAUUUCGGGAACAUGACCACACGUAUAUCACGCUUCGCCAAUUAUUUACGCAACUUGUUGCCCUCGAGCGACGUGAGCGUCAUGGAGUCGGUGGCGAAGACAAUGGGGCGCUUGGCGCUGGUCUCAGGCUCAAAAGCCUCCGAAUACGUCGAGUUUGAAGUUAAGAGGGCCUUUGAGUGGCUCAGUGGCGACCGGAUUGAAGGGAAGCGACAAGCUGCCGUUUUAGUCUUGAAAGAGUUGGCAUUAACUAUGCCGACGUAUUUCUACCAACAUGUGUCGCAAUUUUUCGAUCUGAUUUUUUUCGCGAUACAGGACCCCAAACCUGCCAUUAGGGAGAGCGCUGUGGAGGCUUUGAGGGCCGCUUUGGUCGUCACAGCGCAACGAGAAACGGCCAAACAGAACCAAAAGCCACAAUGGUACAAACAGUGUUACGACGAAUCCGUGAAAAUGCUCUCGGUGGAAAGAGGCGAACGCAUGAAAGAGGAGCGCGUCCACGGCUUUCUCCUCAUUCUCAACGAACUGGUGCGUUGCUCAAAUGCCGAAUGGGAACGCAAAUGCAAAAGUUUGCUCGAACGCACCGACACCAAACAACCAGUCGAGACUAGCUUCAAUUUUACUAAAUCUCGCUUCGUCUUUUCGGUCUCUCGACGCAUCCCCCAAUACCAAGCUGUGUCUUUGGCACCCUCUCAAAUUGCAAUCAUAGAAUCCCAAAGUUGCCGAGGCCUCGUUUCCGAGAAAUUCGACUACAUUUGUUUAGACGUCCUGGCUCAGAGACUCUCCCGUUCGUCCCACAUCCAACAAAGUUUUCUCACGAUUUUACCCCGAUUGGCUGCUUUUGACCGCGAAAACUACGUCAAGCAGCACUUAAGCCCCGUCAUGAACCACAUCUUCAACAUUUUGAAGAGUCGGGAAAAGGAGAGAGCUAAGGCUUUUGUGACUAUUGGCUUAAUUGCGAUCGCUGUCGAGAGCGACAUUGAGCCGUACAUUGAACGUAUUAUGGAAAUAAUUCGCAUGUAUUUGCCCCGAGCCGAUAUUUUGGGGCGCAAGCGGAGCCCCAUCGACUCCUCAAUUUUCAACUGUGUCACUUUCCUAGCCCACGCCCUCAAAAACCACUCAAAAAUGGACAUCCCGAACCUCCUGGAACCAAUGCUAGCAACGGGAUUAACCGCAUCCCUCACGAUAUGUUUCCGGGAAUUAUCCCGAAAAGUCCCGGAACAUAAAGAACGAAUCAGUCUCGGGUUAUUAAAAAUGCUGAGUUAUAUUCUCCUGAAUAAACCACUAGUUCAUCCCGGGAUGCCCCGCCACUUGACCGGAACCGUAAUGAGUCUUGCAAUACCAGAAGUCAACGAUGUGCAAAUCAUAGUUUUGGCCCUCAAAACACUCGGAACGUUUGACUUUGAGGGCCAGAGACUCCUCCCUUUUGUCCACCGCUGCGCCAAUCAUUUCCUCAUCCAUGACAAUAACGAAAUCCGAUUGGAGGCUGUCAGAACCACGUGUCGGCUCCUCCGACAUGCUAUUCACUCCACAGCGAAAAACUCGUCGGAUACGGUCACCAAAACCGUAGCUGCUGUUUUACAUCGUUUGUUAAGUGUUGGUUUGACCGAUACCGACCCAAAUGUCCGGUACGGAGUCUUGAUUUCGCUCGAUCGUACGUUUGAUAAUCAUUUAGCACAAGCUGAGUCGCUCAGUGCGCUGUUUCUGGCGUUGCAAGACGAAAUGUUUGAAAUACGCGAAGUUGCACUGUUUACAAUCGGGCGCUUGAGUGCGAUGAAUCCGGCAUAUGUCAUGCCCUCGUUGAGGAAAACUUUAGUGCAGUUUUUAUCCGAAUUGGAACAUUCGGGCAGUGGGAGGAAUAAGGAACAAGGGGCGAGGAUGUUAGAUCAUUUGGUUGUGAGCGCCCCGAGGAUGAUAAGGCCCUACAUGGAGCCCAUUUUGAAGGUCCUGGUGCCCAAACUGCGCGACCCCGAGCCAAACCCCGGCGUCGUCCUUUCCGUCCUGCUCACAAUUGGCGAUUUGGCCGAGGUGAGCAGCGGAGGCACCGAACUGCAAGAAUGGAUGCAAGAACUGAUGGGUAUUUUACUCGAAAUGUUGGGCGACGCUUCCGCCCCCGAAAAACGGGGCGCCGCCUUAUGCACCUUGGGCCAGUUGGUUGGAGUGACCGGUCACGUAAUCCAACCCUACACCGAAUAUCCAAUACUGCUCGACGUCCUCCUCAAUUUCCUCAAAACCGAACAACAGUCCUACAUUCGGCGAGAAACAAUCCGCGUUUUGGGGCUGUUGGGGGCUUUGGAUCCGUACAAACAUAAAAUAAAUCGGGGGGAGAUUGAUUAUUAUCCCGAAGCGCCCGUUUUGAUACCGAUGACGGAUAAAGGGGAGGAUUUGAACGCGGAUUUGACGUCGAGCGAAAUGCUGGUUAAUAUGAGUUCGAGCACUUUGGAGGAGUACUAUUUGGCGAUAGCUAUAGCCACUUUGAUGCGGAUUAUUAAGGAUCCGACGCUGGCACAACACCAUACAAUGGUGGUGCAAGCAGUUACUUUCAUUUUUAAAAGUUUGGGGAUUAAGUGUGUGCCGUAUAUAUCGCAAGUUUUGCCCAGUCUUUUGCACGUAGUACGGACAGCCGACGUUAACUUUAAGGAAUUCCUCUUCCAACAGUUGGCACAACUAAUCUACAUCGUCAAGCAACACAUUCGUAACUACUUGGACGACAUUUGCCUACUAAUCAAAGAAUUUUGGACCCCGAACAGUACGAUUCAAGGGACUUUGAUCCUUUUAGUUGAACACAUCGCAGUGGCGUUGGGGGCGCAAUUUAAGGUUUAUUUACCGAAAAUGUUGCCCCAUAUCUUACGCGUGUUGAACCACGACACGUCCAAGGAACGACUCUACACUAUCAAAUUAUUGGAAGCGUUACACAAUUUCGGUAACAAUUUGGACGAAUAUAUGCACUUGAUUUUGCCCCCCAUUGUCCGGUUAUUCGACGCUCAGGAGUGUCCAAUAGUCGUGUCGAAAAAAGCCCUCGAGACUAUCGACCAACUGGCCGAAAUUAUUGACUUUUCGGACUUUAUCUCACGCAUUGUGCACCCCUUGGUUCGAACGAUUGACAACUGUCCCGAAUUGAGACCCACAGCCAUGGAAACUUUAUGUUCACUCAUGCAACAAUUGGGGCGAAAAUUCUCAAUUUUCGUACCUCUCGUACAGAAAGUGAUGACCAAACAUAAGAUACAACACAGUAAAUUCGAUACUUUAGUUUCGAAAAUCCAAUACGAGACAACACUGGCCGAAGACGUUGAUUUCCCAAUGCCGAGAUCCAAAACAACCGGGAAAAAUCGAGACCCAGCGAUGCCUGCCGAUAGUGGAAUGAUUCAAAGACUCAAAGUUUCGGAAUCCAACCUACAACAGGCCUGGACCCCUGUCCGAAGAGUCUCGAAAGACGAUUGGUUGGAAUGGCUAAGACGCCUCAGUAUCGAACUAUUAAAACAGUCACCAAUUCCAGCAUUACGUUCGUGCCUUACUUUGGCACAGACGUAUUCGCAACUGCCACGUGAUUUAUUCAACGCAGCGUUCGUAAGUUGUUGGUCCGAAUUGAGCGAAAACAUGCAGAAUGAACUGAUCAGUUGUCUCGAGCAAGCUUUGACUGUGCCGGACGUUCCGGAAAUAACUCAAACUAUUUUGAAUUUGGCCGAAUUUAUGGAACAUUGCGACAAGGGGCCUUUGCCCCUCGAUAGCCACAUUCUGGGGCACCAUGCGAUGCAUUGCCGGGCGUACGCCAAAGCCUUGCAUUAUAAGGAAGAGGAGUUUCAAAGGGGGGCGAGCAGCCAGGUUGUCGAAGCACUCAUUUCGAUCAAUAAUAAGUUGCAACAAAAGGAGGCGGCUGAAGGGUUGUUACAAUACGUCAUGCAGAGGGAAAUGCAAGUGCAGGUCAGGUGGUACGAGAAGUUGCACAAUUGGGAGAAGGCCCUGAGGUUGUAUACUGAGAAACUGGAAGGGGACGAGGCGGACCAAGAGGCUUGUUUGGGCAAAAUGAGAUGUCUCGAAGCGUUGGGCGAAUGGGGCGAACUGCACCAAGUCGUCGAGAAAAGUUUCAGUUUACUAAAUGACGACAGCAAACAAAAGGCGAGUCGGCUAGCGGCUGCGGCCUCCUUCGGUUUGCACGAUUACAGGUCAAUGGAAACUUACGUUAAUGUAAUUCCAAGGGAUACGCAAGAGGGUGCGUUCUACCGUGCAAUUUUGGCAAUACAUAAAGAGGAUUACGAAGUGGCCCAAAGAUUCAUCGAUUCAGCUCGCGAUUUACUCGAUAAUGAAUUAACUGCGAUGGCUGGUGAGUCCUACCAAAGGGCCUACGGGGCCAUGGUCAUGGUACAAAUGUUAUCCGAGUUGGAAGAAGUAAUGCAGUAUCGGUUAGUGCCAGAACGGAGGCCCACUUUAAAAGCCAUGUGGUGGCAAAGGCUCCAAUCGGGCCAAAAACUAGUCGAAGAUUGGCAAAGAAUCAUCCAAGUCCAUUCCUUGGUCUUGACCCCACAAGAAGACAAACGAACGUGGGUGAAAUACGCGUCAUUGUGUCGCAAGAGCGGUUCAUUAAUGCUAUCGCAAAAAACCCUAGUCAUGUUACUCGGUUACGACCCAAGCGAACGUCCCGACGCCCCCUUGCCCAAAAACCAGCCUCACAUCACACUAGCCUACGCCAAACAUUUAUGGGUGGCACAGGAAAAACAAAAAGCGUUCCAAAAACUAUCACAAUUCGUCGCUGACUAUUCGCAAAACGAGCCAAACGACGACGUGACAGUUGAAGAGAAAAAAAGACUCCUGGCUAGGUGUUACCUCAAACUGGGGGCCUGGCAUGAGGCACUUGAAGGCAUCAACGAAACCUCCAUACCUUUCAUUUUGAAGUGUUACAAACAAGCGACUGAACACGACCCUCAAUGGUACAAGGCAUGGCACGCUUGGGCCUAUAUGAAUUUCGAAACGGUCUUGUAUUACACGAGACAGGAGGACAAGACGCACUAUACAGUCUUAGCCGUUCAGGGAUUUUUCAAAUCGAUUAAUUUAUCUAAAGGAAGUUCAUUGCAAGACACUUUACGUUUAUUAACACUGUGGUUCGAUUACGGCGAUUGGCCCGAAGUUUACGAUGCCAUAGUCGAAGGCAUUCGUUUAGUCGAGAAAAACACGUGGCUUCAAGUAAUUCCGCAAUUAAUCGCGCGAAUUGACACAACGGCGUUAGUAUCGAAAUUAAUCAAUCAUCUAUUGGUUGAUAUUGGAAAAACGCAUCCACAAGCCCUAGUCUAUCCGUUAACCGUCGCAACAAAAAGUAAUUCAAUCAGACGUAGAAAUGCAGCUAAUAGUAUUUUAAAAUCGAUGAGUGAACAUUCCCCUACGUUGGUAAGUCAGGCCAUGAUGGCCUCAGAAGAAUUGAUCCGAGUGGCAAUUUUGUGGCACGAAAUCUGGCACGAGGGACUAGAAGAAGCCUCAAGAUUGUAUUUCGGCGAACGUAACGUUAAAGGAAUGUUGCGAAUUCUCGAACCGUUGCAUGCGAUGAUGGAAAGGGGGCCCCAGACGUUGAAAGAGACGAGUUUUAAUCAGACGUACGGCAGGGAUCUGAACGAGGCGCAAGACUGGUGCCAAAGAUACAAGCUUUCGAGCAACAUUAGAGACCUGAACCAGGCGUGGGACCUCUACUACCACGUUUUCCGCCGCAUUUCGCGUCAAUUACCGCAACUCACCUCCCUCGAAUUACAAUACGUAUCGCCAAAUUUGCUAGUUUGUCAAGACUUAGAGUUGGCAGUGCCUGGUAGCUACUGUCCAGGACAGCCAAUCGUACGCAUUGCCAAUUUUAACCGAUCUCUCGAAGUAAUUACCUCAAAACAGCGGCCCCGAAAACUAGUAAUUCGUGGAAGCAACGGCAAAGACUACAUGUUUUUACUUAAAGGUCACGAGGAUCUGAGACAAGACGAGCGUGUUAUGCAACUGUUCGGUUUAGUUAAUACUUUACUAAUGAAAGACCCGGAUACGUUCAGGCGGAAUUUGACGAUACAGCGGUAUGCGGUGAUUCCCCUGAGUACGAAUUCGGGUCUGAUUGGGUGGUUACCGCACUGUGAUACGCUGCACACUUUAAUACGGGAUUAUAGAGACAAGAAGAAGAUUUUGUUGAAUAUUGAGCAUAGGAUUAUGUUACGGAUGGCGCCGGAUUAUGAUCAUUUAACCGUGAUGCAGAAAAUGGAAGUUUUUGAGCACGCACUUGAGCACACACAUGGUGACGAUUUAGCGCGGUUGUUGUGGCUGAAAAGCCCCUCGUCUGAGGUUUGGUUUGACCGGAGAACGAACUACACGCGGUCUUUAGCUGUGAUGUCAAUGGUUGGGUAUAUUUUGGGGUUGGGGGAUCGCCACCCCUCCAAUUUAAUGUUGGACAGACUGAGCGGCAAAAUCCUGCAUAUAGAUUUCGGCGAUUGCUUCGAAGUGGCAAUGACUAGGGAAAAAUUCCCGGAAAAGAUCCCCUUCCGUUUGACUAGGAUGCUAAUAAACGCCAUGGAAGUGACAGGGAUUGAAGGCACGUACAGACGGACUUGUGAGUCGGUCAUGUCCAUGUUACACCGAAAUAAAGACAGUCUGAUGGCGGUGCUUGAAGCCUUUGUUUAUGACCCCCUGCUUAAUUGGCGAUUGAUGGAUAUUGAGGUGCGGAACUUGCCGAUGAACAGCGAUUCAAUGUCGACGAGUUGUUCCCAAAAACAGGGCUCAUCCGAAUCGCUCAAUGUUCCGAAACGCGAGAUGAUAAUGGAAGAUAACGAACCGCAACACGAAGUUAAUGCCAGGGCGGUUAUUAUCAUCAAUCGAGUUAGAGAUAAACUGACCGGGAACGAUUUCGCUACGGAGGAACCUUUGACUAUUCCUAAGCAAGUCGAUCUGUUAAUACAACAAGCGACAAGUAACGAGAACUUGUCACAGUGUUACAUAGGCUGGUGCCCCUUUUGGUAACUCGACUGCUGCAUCUAAUACCGUGAUAGUUUUUUGUUGUGUAUCUUAUUAUUUUUUAUAUAAUCUAGUUGAAAUAAAGUAAUUAUUACAA